UAAUGGGUGAGAAGUUGUUCUGCUAAGGAUUCAUUCACUUUAGCUGUGAGAGAGCAACUGUUACAUUGGAAACUACCAAGCUUCAUCUGCACUCCCAACCCCACCUGAUUUAAUUAAAAAAAAAAAAAAAAAAAAAAAAAAAAAAAAAAACUUGUUGAGUAGCAAGACGUGAUAGCACAGAUGUGGCUGGUUUUGAGAAUACAGAGAAGACUAAAGGAAAGGCGUUGGGAUGAAGGCAGGAUUUUCGGCCAUGCUUCCAAACUUCCCUGGCUGUUCCUCAUCAUUUCUCUCUAGUGUCUCAUGUGACUGUCCCAUCUGCGAGUGUAAUGCCUUCGCCUCUAACCCUGUGUCGCUACCUCCCUCGCGAGCUGUCGCCAUCGGUGGACUCGCGGUCCUGCAGCAGCCCCUUGGUGGCCCCGAGGAAGACAGGGAAGCUCCUCCUAGGGGCCACUCCUCCUCGGGCCCCGCGGCUGCCACGCCGGCUGGCCUGGUGCUCCAUAGACUGGGAACAGGUAUGCCUACUGCAUAGGUUGGGCUCUGGAGGGUUUGGCUCGGUGUAUAAAGCCACUUACCACGGUGUUCCUGUGGCCAUCAAGCAAGUGAACAAGUGCACCAAGGACCUACGUGCAUCCCAUCGGAGUUUCUGGGCUGAACUGAACAUUGCAAGGCUGCGCCACGACAACAUAGUCCGGGUUGUGGCUGCCAGCACGCGCACGCCCGAGGGCUCCAACAGCCUAGGUACCAUAAUCAUGGAGUUUGGGGGCAAUGUGACACUACACCAAGUUAUCUACGGUGCCACGGGAUCCCCGGAGCCUCUCAGCUGCAGAGAGCAAUUGAGUUUGGAGAAGUGCCUCAAGUAUUCCCUAGAUAUUGUUAAUGGCCUGCUUUUUCUCCACUCACAAAGCAUUUUGCACUUGGACCUUAAGCCAGCGAACAUUUUGAUCAGUGAACAGGACGUUUGUAAGAUCAGUGACUUCGGCUGCUCCCAGAAGCUGCAGGAUCUGCGGUGCCAGCAGGCGUCCCCUCACCACAUAGGGGGCACAUACACGCACCAAGCUCCGGAGCUCCUGAAAGGAGAGAUCGCCACGCCCAAAGCCGACAUCUACUCUUUUGGCAUCACCCUGUGGCAGAUGACCACCAGGGAGGUGCCUUACUCCGGCGAGCCUCAGUACGUGCAGUACGCAGUGGUAGCUUACAAUCUGCGCCCGUCAUUAGCAGGGGUGGUGUUCACCGCCUCCCUGACUGGGAAGACGCUGCAGAAAAUCGUCCAGAGCUGCUGGGAGGCCCGCGCCCUGCAGAGGCCGGGUGCAGAACUGCUCCAGAGGGACCUGAAGGCUUUCCGAGGGGCACUUGGCUGACUCCAUCGAGCCUGUGUGGAGAUAAGCUUUUUGUUUCUGUUUCUUUUCAAAGAAGUUAGGAUGGUGUGAAAGCAUACCCCUAGGGCAUAUUUUUAGGAAAUAAAGUUACUACA